AUGCUGUAUUGCUUCAUUAUCAUUGCAUUUUUCAUUCUGCUCGAUACGACAAUUGCAUUUCCAAAAAAAGAUAUGCGAAAAGAUUCAAAGGAAAUGGCGACAAUCUUAACCAAAACAAAUGAUGAAAAGCCGAAAGGAAAGGGUCUUCUCAAAACUGACGAGGAAGCGAUUUGCGAAGAUGAAAUAUGCAAUAAUCGAGGCACAUGUAUUGGUGACAAAGAUACGAACUUCUGCAUUUGCAAACUUGGUUACACUGGAAUGCAUUGCGAAAAUACUCCAUGCGAUUCAUCAAGAGAUUGUAAUGGCAAAGGAUUGUGUAUUGGUACAUCAGUGAGCUAUACAUGCAUGUGUCAAUUGGGUUUCACCGGUAAAAAGUGUGAAAACGAUAUUAGAAAAUGA